GGCGGCGGCUUCCGGCAGCGGCGCCAUGUCGGAGCCGCCGGCGGGAGCCGCGCUGCGCCGCUGGGCACGGGAGCAAGCCCGGCUGAAGGCCAGCGUGAUCGAGGAGGAUACCGAGGAGUGGCAGAAAGAUCCAAGCUUUGCAGGCCUAGAGAGGGUAGGAGGCGUGGACUUAUCCUACGUCAAAGGAGAUGACACCAAGGCGUGUGCCUCCCUUGUGGUUCUCAGCUACCCCGAUCUUGAGGUGCUGUAUGAGGAUUGCCAGAUGGUUGCUGUGACAGCCCCCUACGUAGCAGGAUUUUUAGCCUUCCGAGAGGUCCCUUUCCUGGUGGAAGCAGUUCAGAGACUUCAGCAGAAAGAGCUUAGGCUCAAACCUCAGGUGCUGCUUGUAGAUGGGAACGGCCUGCUGCAUCACAGAGAUUCGUUCCCUGCAAAUGGAAGGAGAUGCAUUCCCACUAACCGGUACUUCAGGGAAAGUCCUGGGCAUGACGAGAAAAGGAGACUGAACCUGAUGAUUAAGCUAAUGCCAGAAGAAACUGCAGGGCCCCCGUACACUGAAUCCUCUCGCCUACCAAGAGUGUGGGUCUGUGAAGUGCAACAGCCAAGUGCCGCGCUUGGGAAGCCGAUUCCAGUGCAGUGCAGGGCCACGUCAGUCAGGACUAUGUCAGCCUCUGUGUGGGGUUCUGGUGGACAGGCAAAUCUGCCUCUGUUCAAGGAUAAUGUCUACAACAUAUUUGUAUGAUCACUUUUUAAAUAAGUGCUGUAAAAGCAUGUCUUGUAAAUUUGCUACAACUCAAGUAUUUGGGAAAUCACAGGAGGUGAUAUAUGAAAAGAGGCUGAGGCACUUAACAUAGUUAUAAGCCUUUGGCUCCUACCCUCCGUGACACAGAGACUUCCCUUCUUGUCAUUCUUGGAUCUUCUUCCACCCCGUCCCUUCAGCCUGUGCUCUCACACUCGCUUUACACAUCUCUGGGGAACAGAAACCCAGUAUGUAGCUCCGGCUGGUCCUGACAGACGGGCAGAGGACUCUGUGUUUCAGGUGGGCGUGUGAUUCACGAGGGAAGGGAUGGAGCCAACAGUCUGCUGCAUAUUUUGGAAGAGGCUUGUAUGUCUGAGCUCCAGUACCUGAGUAGCUUUCCUGUCUAUUUGGUGUCGAUGGCUUCUGCCUGCCUGCUGCCUUUGUGCCAUGCAGCAGUUACCAGACCUUAGUGACUGUAUGUAAGUCGUCUGGGCACAUGGUGCCUUGGUGUUGCUGAUCUUGGUGGGAACGUACUCUGGACUGCUGCUGAAACAAAAUUCCCCUUCAAGGGCAUUAUGAUGCACCGAUCUACUUAGUGUAUUGUUACUGUGACCCUUUCCACCAUGACUGGGCUAGAGGGGUCGCAACGCAGAUCAGUUCCUCCUGAAGAAAAGAAUAUGGGAACGGAAAAUUUCCCAUCAAGGGGAACGGGGAGGGAGCGCCUCACUCGCGUACAAUCAGUCAAGAUGGACAGAUCCCCAGCCUGACGUUCUGCAGUCUGAACGGACUGUGAGCACUGGUGUCAGGUCGUUAGGGAAGCUGUCUGGGACUAGCACGUUUGGAUCAACAUCCGUCAGUUAAGAAGUCUGUGAACCUUUGCAUUAACAGCAGAGCACAGAACAAACAGUUUCUAUCCCUGAAUCAAUACGGCUAGUCUAGUUUAGUCUUUUUAGUCUAGUCUUUUUCCUCUCUGAAGAGGAAAAAGAAUGUUUUCCUGGUGACUGUAGAAAGGUGUUCAGGCUCAGGAUUUCUGUGGUCUGUUUUAAAUGCUGCCAGGCAUAUCAUCUUUGCAUAAAUAUAUCUCACAGCUUUUGUUAUUCUUUUUGUACAUAACUCUCAGUAGUGUUUUGGACAUAGAGGACAUUCAGCCUUUUCUACAUGACUGUGCAACAUCUGAUAGAUCAGGAUCUGGGUUCGUUCGUCCUUGAAGCACUACACCCUUGAAACUCAGGUAAGAAAAAAGGAAGGAAUUUACUAACUCUUGGUUUCUCCCAGGGCCUACUUUGGGGAACAUUGUUGGUACAGUUCUCUGGAGUAUUAAAAAGUGGGAUUGGCAGCAGUCAGUCCCUAGCAGGGUUCUCUCCCUACCCCCAAAACUUGCUGAUUAAUAUAUUUUAAAAAACAAAACCUUUAGCUGCUUUAGUUUUCAAAUCACUGAGAAGGAGUGUGCAGUCUCCUGGGAAGUCUCAAAGCCAUGUUCACAUGGGGAUUUGUUACAUGGGUGAUCAGAGACCAGGAAGGAAGGCAAGAAAGUUGGAGUGAAGUUGCGCUCCUUUGAUCUGUGUGAUUUGUGUGAGAUCAGUGAGAGGCUGCCCAGCAGAGAAGUGUAAGAGGAAGCAUUUGAUAUUGCAUCUGACCCCUGCUUUUGGCAAGGAAUAAGCAGUGGGGGAAGCUGGUAGGCAAUCCUCCCAGGCCAAGGAGAAGUGGAGGGCAUCAUUCUUGUUUCACUCCCAAUGCCACAGACAUGAUGCCUGUUCUGACACUGCCACGUCCCCUGUCUCGAGGGAAGAGCUUGGAGACAGCCUCCUGAAAAGCAGCCCAGUGACAGCUCUGCUUGAACACACAUUCUGGGACUAGCUUCCCCCACUGCCUCCUCCUUGCUCAUCGUCCACUGAACAAACUGCAAAAAGACCCAGUACUGUCAUGGAGUCAGCAAAAGCUAAAGGCUGUGCAGCUGGCCAAGGCUACCUGUGCUCUACUGAGGCUAGCCAAAACAUUGUUUCCUAAGCUCCCAGGUGAGAUGGGCAUGGGAAGUGGGGAAGGGACCUGGCAAUGAAUGACUCAUAGCUAGCAUGGAUAGGGAAGAGAGCAGCAGCAGCCCAACUGUUCUUCUGAUGGAGGAGAACUAGCAGUGUAAUUAGAAGCAGUGGACUGCUCUCCCUGCAAUGGCAAAGUCAAUCCAGUUUAACUAGGAAGCACUUGCUGUGCAGAAAGGUCUGCUGGAGGUGAGCACCCAACACUCCCAAGCUAAAACCACUUCCUCUGUUUCCUUCCUUGGCAUGCUUCUGUGUGCCUCUCUGACUGCACUUGCACUGCCACAGACCUAUCUCCUUUCUGCAAAAACAAUUGGAAUUGGGGUGAGUCCUGCAGUUCCCCCCCCCAUAACUAGUAGGUUUAGAGUUAAUAUAGGGAGCAUUAACUACUAAAUUCUUACUAGAAAGAGUUGAUCUGAGAGCUUUCCCAAAUCUUUACAUACGCCACUAGAUUGCUGUCCACAGUUCGUUCAUUUCUCAUUCCCACUGCAUGUGAAGCAGCAACCUUGCUUGACCACAAGGACAGGGCCCUCUAAAGUUUAUAAUAGAUGUAGAAAAAUAUUGAGAGCCAGGGGACUGCUAGUUCCUAAAUCUCAUCAGCAGAACACUAAAGAAAUAAAAUACUUUGAUCCUGCUUUUCUUGGCCUGUUCCUGAACUUUGCUGAUGCAGGAAGUACUCUGCCUGAGCUGGGCUGUUGCAAAGCUCAGAGUCACACAGUGUUCCUCCCUGACCCUGUAUUACACCACUUUCACUGCACAUUUAUCUCUGUGAUGCUGAAGCUCCUCAUUCAGAUCAGCUGUGCCAGUGCCCAUUAGAAGGGACCCACCAGGGAGCUGGAGAGUGAUGCUAAGGCUGGAGCAGCUGGCCCUUAGCAUACAAGCUGCUCUAUUAGAAAAUGCCUUUCUUCAGCAAAGAGGGGCUGUAGCUCUUACUGACCUGGCUAUGUGACAAAAGGAGGUGAGUGUCUGCAGUUUUAAGCUCUCCUGAUGCUUCAGUGAUUUCAUGUGUCUUUCUGGUUGUUUUUCAGUGAUGUGAGGGUUGAUGGUAUGCCUGUUGGUAGUUGUACUGUAGUGGAAGAUGUGAGCUGGGCUACGCUGAGCCCAGUUUCUUACUAUGGAUGUGUGGUUGCUGCUGUAGGCCUGCAACUGGAGGCUGUCUCUGGAUGGGCUUCUGACUUCCUAGUGUGCCUAAAACCUAAAGUCCCCUGCUAGACAACUAAGGCUGCUGCCACUGCUGUCUGAAGCUGGUCUGUGUGCUGUACCCUGCCGUGCUGCAGAGGAGGCAGCUCUCCCCAGAGAGGGGAGGUUGGAGGGGGAAUAAAAGUCCAAGCGCAUCUGCAUGCUCUGCUCCCCCAGAGAUCGCUUGCUGCAGUUGAGCUUGCUCUGAGUCAACAGACUUGCUUCUCUAUUCCUCUUACACAGGUGAACUCCCUGAAAUCAGACUACUCUGGAUUAAAGUCACCUUUAUGGGAUUUGGGGGGGGGGUGAGGAGGCUGGUAAGGCAGCAUUGCCUUGGUGGUGAGAUAUUGCAGAGCUCUCUUAAGAUCUGGUGAAGCAAGAGGUCCCUGGAGCUGAGGGUACUGUGUGUGUUUGGUUUUGUUAUUUACCUGUAUUGUGCAAUGUUGUCUUGACUGCCAAAACCUGGGAAGACCGUUAAACAAAUUGACUAAUCUCUGUGUUUGGUGUCUACUUGUGGCUGUGUGAACACAAUAAGGGAUUAACUUGGUCUUUAUCUAAUUGGCUUAUAAACCAGGGAAGAGAAAAUCGCUUUGUAAUGCAUGAGACCUCCUCUUAAUAGAAACACAGAGACUAGAGCUUGUGUGUCCUCUCUGAGUAAAGCUGUACACGACUCUUCCUCUUUAACUCCUCAUUGACUGGAAAUCAGCUUUUCUGGAUGUGAUAUAUUCAUUCUCCUGUUCCUGAUGACUUAUUGCCAAUUUGUUAUAAAGCCUGGUCUCCUGUCAUCACCAAGGAGACUCUUCUGUUAACACUUCUGUCAGUAACUGUUGAGGAAUCUCUUACUGGGUCUCAUUGCUUGGUAACUUCUCCGUGCUGCCGGUGAACAGGGCAUAGGGCUGGAGCCACCAGGUAACAGCAGCCAUAUGUAGCGUGUGUGACAAAGGGUAGCCCUGGCAUUUAAAACAUGGAUAUGGCCAUGGGGAGAUACCUCUCACGCAGCAAACAAGGACUGUGAGCUGGGGCAGGAUUGUUCAGCAGAGCUGCUAGCUAAGUAUAAGUAAUGAUGGGUUGGCAAAAAUCUGGGACUUGGGUGGGAAGAGGGGAAGAAGAAUGGAGCUAAAUGGGGUAGGGGGAAGAUGAGAGGCAAAUAAGGGAAAGAGGAGAUUGGGCCCUAUUUUGUGCUGGAGGGCUUUAUGCUGGGGGGGUGGGUUGUUCCUGUAUGAGUGUGUGUUUAGGAGAGAGAAGGUUGUUGGGAUAGUUAACUUCUCAGUACAAUAAAACACUAUAACUGUGAAGCA